AUGUUUUGUCUUCGCAGCUGGCUUCCUCUCCUCUUUAUUCCGACCAACGCAUCACCGGCCUUCAUCUUCCUCUUCUUCAUCUGCACCUACUUCCUCAACCGACCCUGCGUCUACUGCUCUAUCCUGCUACUCAUACUCUUCCUGACCUCGUGCAACUGGUCCGACCGAUGUUUCUUCGACUUUGGCAGUAACUGGUUCCUCCCUCGACCGGGAACACCGACCCAGUUACCCUCGGACGAGGUUAUCGAGGCGACUUUCAACUCGACAGCUCUCGAGAUGGCCAACACGACUAUUGCAGCGAUUAUAAAAUCUACCAGCGACGAUCUUGCUGCUAGGAGGGCUGAGUGGUCGGGUAUAGGGAUUGAGUGGCUCAGAAAUCUCCUGGGUAAGAGGGAGUGGAGGAUCGAUUGCAUGGAUAUUUACAUUCGUCUAUAA